GUCACCAUCUCGAUCUCUGGGCCGAGCUGUGGCGCCGUUCCUCGCCAUGGCAUCCUUCGAGGUCAGCCAGGAGCCCAACGGUGAAGCCGGCGCCGGCGCCAACCGACCUUGCGCAGGCCGUCGCGCCAGCGCAGGGGAUGAUGUGCCAAGGAAAACCGUCAUGGAUAAGAUGCGGCGCGCCUCCAUGGCUGCCUAUCUAGCUGAAGCUCAGGGGGUAAAGAGUCUUGACAGUGAUGGAAGCACUGGAAGCAGUCCAUCUGCCUCCUUUAAGGAGAGAGAAGGGAUCACUAGAAAAGAAGCUUGGAGUAAUAUGGUGCUCGCAUUGAUUGGGGUGAUGGUGUGCCUCUUGCCCAAUAUCAUGUCCAAAUCUGGAUAUUUGUUGGCUCCUCUACUGCUGUUGCUGGCAUCACUGGUGGUCAUUCGGAUGGGAAAACUCAUCUGUGAAGCUUGUGAGCUGGUGGAGGAAACGAGGGGCUCAGCUCCAGGGAGCGUGAAGAGCUAUGAGGAUCUCGCAAAAGCCGUGGGCAUGUACAAAAUUCUGCUGGUGAGCAAAAACACCGUGAUUUUGGCCACCGUCCUAGUGGCUGAGAAAUUUCUGAUCGAUGCCUUGAGUGGGCUUCUGCCUAAGCCGAUGAAGCUCUCCAAGUCUGUGCUACGCUGGUUCUUCAUCUUCCCGGCCGUUUGUUUGAUGGCGCUGCUGAAGGAUCUGACUCAGCUCAGCAAAUACGCCUGGGUGGGGUUAGUGGGUAUGACAGUUCAGCUCUUCGGCCUGGUGGGUGGCUGUCUUCUGGGCUGCUUCACAGAGAGGGACCGGAGCUACUCGAUGCUGCCUCCGGAGGGCUCGACGAUCCCCGGAAUGGCCGGCAUCACUUUGUCCGCCUUCAUCUUCGCCUUUGCCAUCCUGGCCACGGUGCCCAGCGUGCGCGCGCAGAUGCAGAAACCCCAAGAGAUGCCGCAAGCGCUGAGGGAUGCGAUUGGUUUCACGGUGAUCUUGUAUGAAGCUGGGAUAACAUGA